AUGUUCCAGUUUGUGCCACUAAUAGUAGAACUAUGUGCUAGAAUCGUGGAAGCAAGAGGCUUAGAGGUGGUAGGAGUCUACAGAGUUCCAGGCAAUUCUGUAUCAGUCAACGCCAUGCAGGAUGAUUUAAAUAAGGGUAUAGAGAAUAUAAGUAUAGAUAAUGAGAAAUGGCUAGAUGUCAAUGUUAUAGCCAGUUUAUUGAAGGCUUUUUUUCGUAAACUGCCAGAAUCUCUCAUUACAGAUAAGUGUUAUGAUGCCUUCAUAGCUGCCAAUAGAAUUGAGAAUCCUGAAAAACGAAUGUUACGUAUAAAACGUAUGAUACAGAUACUACCAGAACAUCAUUUCGAAACGCUGAAAUAUAUG